UGUCUUCCCCGACCCCUCUGUCUGUCUCUCUCUCUCUCUCUCUCUCCAGAUCAUAGUAGAAACACCGGCUCAGCAAUGAACAGACACCGCUGCAUUUCCGCCUGCGAACCACCCUGUUCAUCGCGAGAGACGGUUCAAACAAAGAUGUACUAACAGCAGUGCUCGGGUGAGAGGUUCUUUCUCGGGGUUGGAGUUGUUAUUACAUGGCUUUGCCCAGUGACGACGCUGUUUUGAUUCAGAAAGGGAAGAUACCGGGUGAGCCUUACGUAGUUACGGUUAAUUGUCCUGAUAAGACCGGACUUGCCUGCGAUAUCUGCCGAACCAUUCUUGAAUUCGGACUCUACAUUACCAAAGGAGAUGUCUCAACUGAUGGGUUAUGGUGCUACAUAAUAUUAUGGGUGGUUCCUCACUCUAGCUCAACUGGUGUAACAUGGCUGAAUUUGAAAGACCGCCUUCUAUCGAUAUGUCCAUCAUGUUUGGUGUCAUUUUACUUGAACCAGCCAUCUCCAAACCCUGAACCUCCUCCAGUAUACUUGUUGAGGUUUUGUAGCCUAGACAGGAAAGGAUUAUUACAUGAUGUCACUCGAGUUCUGUCUGUGCUCGAACUUACGAUUCAAAGAGUAAAAGUGACUACAACACCGGAUGGCCGGGUUCUUGAUCUCUUCUUCAUAACAGAUAACUUGGAGCUCUUGCACACAAAAGAGAGACAAGAUGAGACAAGUGAGCAAUUGCAUGCUGUUUUAGGCGAAUCAUGUGCUAGUUGUACACUUCAGUUGGCUGGUCCUGAGUAUGACAGUCUUCAGGGUAUCUCUUCUCUUUCUGCAGUCAUUACUGACGAAUUGUUUAGAAAUGAACUGUCAGAUAAGGAAACUCGUUCACAGGCUUUUAGCCCAGAUGUGACGAAACUAAAGAGGGCCAGUGUAAUGAUAGACAAUUCUCUGAGUCCAGCUCAUACAUUGCUUCAGAUUUACUGUGUUGAUCACAAGGGUUUUCUCUACGACAUUCUGCGAACAUUGAAAGACUGCAAUAUGCAGAUAGCUUAUGGAAGAUUCUCACCAGUUAACAAGGGUUAUCGUGAAUUAGACCUAUUCGUCCAGCAAAAGGAUGGUAAAAAGAUUGUGGAUCCUGAGAAACAAGAUGCAUUUUGUUCUCGCUUGAAGGUAGAAAUGCUUCACCCAUUACGUGUUAUUAUCACAAACCGUGGGCCAGAUACUGAACUUCUGGUUGCUAACCCUGUGGAGCUAUCUGGAAAGGGAAGGCCAAGGGUUUUCUUUGAUGUCACACUUGCAUUAAAGUGUCUUGGAAUAUGCAUCUUCUCGGCUGAAAUUGGAAGACAUUUGGCAGCAGCUCGUGAAUGGGAGGUCUACAGAUUUCUGUUAGAUGAGAACAGCAAAUAUCAGUUGUCAAAUAUGGCAGUAAGAAAUCAGAUUGUAGACAAGGUUCAAAGAACUUUGAUGGGCUGGUGAACUGAUCUUUUACUCCACCUGGUUACUCUCCGGGGAAAAUGUUACAAACCCAAAUAAAAUCUAAAAAAAUGUACCUCAAAAGUAUAUCAUCGCUUGGAUGAGUGAUUCUCACUAAAAAAGUUAAUGGGAUUCAUUCAUUCAAGAAAUUAUAUGCAUUUAGGUUGUAAUUAUUUAGGUUUUAUUUGAGGCAACCCGAUUUGGAGUCGGAGUCAGAAAAUCAGACUUGUGUAGCAAUACUCUUUCCACAGUGUCUCUGUAUUUUUAGCCCUUAAAAAACAGUUAUGCUGAUGUACAAUCCAUUAACCUCUGGUGAGACCUAUGUAUUUUUCUUUGGCAUCUCUCCUCUUUAGUUUUAGUUUCAAUGUUACUGCAAG